UCGUGCAUCAGUCAGCCUCGUUUCCCCUCGCACGAGUCGCCUGCUGGUCUCACUUUCCCGCGAUGCCAGUUUCCCGCCAAAACUCAAGGCGCGAGGCUGUCCACCUUCGCGCGCCGUUCCCGCCUCUCCACGUGGUCUUUUCGGCUUGAGUGCGGAGACCUUAAGCCUUUGAAGAUUCGCGUGCUUACUUCCAGGUGCUCUGACGAAGGGCAGAGUACGACAGUCUCUGGUCCUUGUGAAACGAAACUUCUUUGAAAGAAAACACUUCUGAAAGUUGUUUCUACGAAUAUUUUAACUAAUUAGGUGCACGGCGGAUGGAUUUACGUACUUUUUAUGCUUAGUUUACGACUCAAAAGUGCCGAGACUUGUGGUGCUAAGUGAAGUACUUGAAGGACUGGCUUGAAGUACUCCUAGUCCAAGAGCUUUCGGACGCCGAUGAAACGCGUCUUUUUCACAGUUGACGUGAAGGUUUUGUGAACUUGCCGCGACUUCAGUAGGGCGUGAGCAUCCCUCUCGAGGCUUCAUUCGUGAGAAGGGAGGCUGGGAGAAUGAAGCUGGAUGUUCUGCGGACCUUUGCUCUUUGCUGGAUAAUUGGUCAACAAGGGUGCUGCGGCCUGAGGGAAGGGCCGCGUCUGCUGGAGGAACCACCACCGAGUAUCUCCUUCCCCAACACCCGCGGCGUCUCUCUCACCUGCUCUGCCGCUGCCACGCCGCCGCCCACCGUCUCCUGGGUCACAGCGGACGGUAUGAGGGCGGACGACGUGGCAAGUUUGAGGACGAUAACCAACUCCCCGACCCACGCCCACACUCACGCCCUUGCCUAUAACUCUACCCUCACUCUGCUCCCAUUCCAGCCUGACCAGUACCGACAUGACCUUCACGCCGCGACCUACAGGUGUUUGGUGACUAAUAGCGUGGGAACCGUCACCUCCAGGCCGGUCUCUGUCAACGCAGUUGUGAUGCAGCGCUUCGAGGUCGGAGUGAGUGACGCUACCGGUGUGGUGGGAGGUGCCGCGGUCUUCUCCUGCGACGUUCCUCCGACUGUGGCUCGACAUGUGUCUCUCACGUCUUGGAGUGUCGACGGGCGUUCCCUCUCCGUCUCCACCAGGCCAGAUGGCCGCUACUGGGUGUUGCCGAGUGGUGAGCUUUUAAUCCUGAGCCUCACCGCCACUGACGCUUACUCCCGGGUGUCCUGCCGCGCCUCCCACGCUUUUGACAACUCCCCCAGAGCGUCCAACACCGCCCGAGUCAUCGUAACAGGUGAGCCGCUGGUCAGUCGCCCGCAGUUGAUCCUACGCCGUGACCUGGUGCGUCCUUGGGUUCGAGAUGACCUCCUGCUGCCCUGCGUUGCGAGAGGUCACCCUUCGCCAUCUGUCACGUGGUACAAGGAAGACGAGACUCGCGGCCGUGUGGACGUGAAAGCAGGUGGAGGCGGCGGACGGCUCAGAGUGGUGGAGGGCCAGCUUGUCAUCACCGGGGCCAGGAUGGACGACUCUGGUUUCUACCUCUGCUUCGCCAACAACUCCGCCGGCACGGACUCCUACAGAGUGAAUGUUCAGGUGCGGGAGAGACUCGGGGUUGUGGUGGAGCCUGGACUUCAGCGUGUGGAUCUUGGUCGUCCUGCCUCGCUCAACUGCCGCGUUUCUGGCUCACCUGUCACCUCCCUCACCUGGUACAAGGAUGGCCGGCCUCUCCCACCCCUACCCCGCCUCAGCACCUUCGACAGAUCCCUCCAGAUCGGCCAGGUGUCUCGAGAGGACGGUGGAAUGUAUCAGUGCUUGGCCAAGAACGACGAGGACGCUGCACAGGGAGCCUCGCAGGUCGACUUAGGCGACUCCGCGCCCAUUCUGGAGUACCGAUUCAUCAGUCAAACGCUUCAGCCGGGCCCUUCAGUGAGCUUAAAGUGCAUCGCGUCAGGAGCACCAACCCCACAAGUCACCUGGACCUUGGAUGGUUUCCCUCUACCGCAGAACGACAGGCUGGUGGUGGGUCAGUACGUGGGCAUGGGCGGCUCAGUGGUAAGUCACGUGAACCUGACGGGCGUACGGGCGGUGGACGGGGGCGCCUACACGUGCACGGCGGCCAACAGGGCAGGCUCCACUGCCCACACCGCCCGCCUCAAUGUGUACGGGCCGGCCUACGUGCGUCCCAUGUCUGUAGUGACGGCAGUGGCGGGGGAGCAGCUCAUCAUGUCUUGCCCUGCGGCAGGUUACCCUCUGGCUAAGAUCACCUGGAAGAGAGAUGGACGAAUUCUACCGAUGACGGCGCGACAAAGUGUACACGAGAACGGAACUCUAACCAUACGAGAUGUGCAGAAGGCUGCUGACGGAGGCUCCUACACAUGCACUGCGAGCGACAAACAGGGGCGGUCCCACUCCUCCACCGCCACAGUGCAAGUUCUUGUCCCUCCCACCGUAAUACCAUUUAGCUUCGGGGAGGCGAGUGAGGGGGGAGAGAGUUCAGGUUAUCUGCGCCGUCAGGAGAGGAGACCCGCCCCUCACUCUCACCUGGUUCAAAGAUGGCACGCCCCUCGCUCAGGACCUUCCCCAGGGACUCACCUUGCGUCCCUUAGACCAGUUCUCCAGCGCCCUUCUCCUUCCGCACGCCCACGCCCACCACAGCGGAAACUACACCUGCCAGGCUGCCAACGCCGCCCGCACUGCCGGCCACUCCGCUACCCUCGUCAUCAAAGUUCCCCCGUCGUGGGUGGAAGCUCCGAGGGACUCCUCCGUCACCCUGGGGGCUCCCUGGCCAUCCCUUGUCACGCUCAGGGAUUCCCAACACCGAGGAUUACCUGGAGGAAGACUCGAGACCAGCCCGGCCAGUAUAGCCCUAUCCUUGGGGGCGGCAUGGGGCUCGGCCUGGGUGUGGGCGCGGGUGUGGGCGUUGGUAUGGGCGUGGCGGAGAACGGCAGCCUGGUGGUAGUGGGCGCGAGGGCAGAGGACGAGGGAAAAUAUCUCUGUGAGGCGGCCAAUGGAGUGGGUGGCGGACUGUCUGCCUUGAUCGAUCUGAGUGUUAAUGCACCCCCGAGAUUUGAUCCAGGUCUGCAGAGGACAGUGUCAGUAAGAAGAGGCUCUCAGGCCACUCUCACUUGUCACGCCCACGGGGACCCGCCCAUUACUCUCCUCUGGCAGGCCACCCACACCAACGCCCACGACAGAAGCGUGGUGCGGGAGGUAGCUGGCGGCGUGAGAGGAGAGCUGGUGAUCCCGUCAGUGAAGAUGGAAGACGCGGGUCAAUUCACCUGCACUGCUUCCAAUACUUACGGCACGGACGCCUUCGUGGUGACGCUGGUGGUGCAAGAUGUGCCGGGCUCCCCUCAUGGCCUAAGGGUUUCUGAAAGAGGCUCCCGCUAUCUCACCGUCUCGUGGCUGCCUCCCGUCACCUCACACACUCCCGUCCAGACGUAUACUGUCCAGUACCGUCCAGUGAGAGGCUCAUGGGGUGAGGGGGGAGGAGGUGGAAGUUGGCGGGGAGGUGACAACAGCCCGACUGGCACCUCUUGUCCCAGAUACCCAAUACUUGGUCAGGGUUCUUGCCUCGAAUUACCUGGGUUCGUCUCCGCACUCCGAGCCCCUCCAGGUUCGAACCGAGGGGGGAGGCUCCGUCAGCAGCUCCUACGGGCGUGAGAGCCGAUGCCCUUUCCGCCACCAGCCUUCGUGUGGCAUGGGACGCCCCUCCCCCACACACCCACCACGGGGACCUGCUUGGGUACAACGUUGGCGUCAGGAGGCAUGAGUGAGUUCCGCCCAUUUG